AUGGGCACCACCAACUACGAGGCGAAGACUUACUUCAUGUUCCAAACUAAGGCGGAUCGUGAUGCUUUCGUGAUGAGGUGGAGGAGUGGUAUGGCCGCUGCAGGAGCCACUACUUAUAAUAUCCGCCCGGGCCAGCCCGUGGUCUCGUUCUCAUCUCGCUUCUCAGCGGCCAGUCAGAUGGUCGCGACCAGGAUUGUUGGUGACACUGGAAUCAUCGAUGUGUCGGAUGCUCGGACUUUCCGCUACGCGUACCAGUUGAAGUGCCUUAGGAAGGUUCAUGCGGAAAAGUACGACCUGUUUCCUCCUGCCAAUGCUCUCCGUUGCAAUGGUGGAGGCAGCAGCUGUAAGGGCCUCAAGUUGCAGUGUUCGAGGUGGUCCAAUGGGCGCCCGGCGAGCUCAUAUGCUCCUGUGUGGUUGAUGUUCAAUUCACAGCAAGAGAGGGAUCACAUGGCUAGGUGGUGGGGAUAG